CCUGGACUAGAAGGUGUGGAGGAGGCUGCUCGACGUGCCUUAACCCAAGUAUGCGCCCUAUGCCGUCGCCUUGGUGCCAGCUUGAGUUGUCGGUCGCCAAACUGUACCAUGUAUUUCCACUUCCCUUGUGCCGCUGGGGCUGGUUGCUUGCAAGAUGUGGAGACACUUGAGUUGCUUUGUCUACUGCAUUUGGACGAAGCGGAGACUGAGAGCAAAGAUGAAAACAAAAUGCUGGUUUGUGAUGUAUGUGACAAAGGUUUUCAUACCUAUUGCCUAAGACCACCGGUUUCCUGUAUUCCUCGGAACGGAUUCAAAUGCGAACGCUGUCGAGUUUGUUCAGAUUGUGGGGCUGGUCGGGCAUCGACCGUGAGUGGAUUGGGUGUUAUGGUGGAAUUCAACAACCCUCAGCUCCCAGCAAUCAAGUGGCACAGCAAUUAUACCCUUUGCGAUCGUUGUUUCCACUCCCGCAAGCGUCCCACGGCCAGUUGCCCUGUGUGUGAACGUGCCUGGCGCUGUUCCUUGCAAGUAAGCUCUAAAAGUCAUUCUCUAAAGCACUCUCUAGAAACUAACCACCUGUCUUACCUGCCCAUGUAUCCUAUACAACUAAUCGCUUUGAAGUUGUUGCCUUUAUCGUUAGCACUCUAUUCCCUGUUGUUUCUACUGCAGGUUCCUAGCUAUAUAUCUACACAGCCACAAACCAAUGCGCAUGUCACCUGGCCGGGCCGUCGAUGCACCAAAUGCCGUCGUAUGGUCCAUGCAGAUUGCGACCCGUUGCAGUCUGUAGCGACUGGAACAGCGUCCCCCUCCUCAGCGAUAAGUGAAGACACUAACUUGGCCGGUGGGAUAGCUUACUCCUGUCCCGUAUGCAGAGUGCGUGGUUCUGCAACGCCUAGUGAGGUAAGGCUAUUGAACAUAGUGUUUGCCUGCUCCGCGCGUCCAUUGAAUAUUCUAAACUCCAACCUCGUAUUUCAGGCUGCGUCCACAACUGCAUCCUUGCGCGCCAGCCCCCUGCCUGGAUGUGGUAAUAGCAGUCACAGUGGAGGUGAUGGAAGUGAGGAAGUGUUUUCUGGUUCAGGCGGCUUGGAUGAUCCUGCCCGGCAAGGUAUCUCCGCUCAGUCAGCACUUGGUUUGGGUGCUCCCAGCACGUGGGUGAACACUCCAUCCAGCUGUACUUCCAAUUCCACGACACCAAACACAGAACCUGGAAAGCAGCAGGUGUUGCUCAACGUGCCAGAAAGUUCGCAGGCACAAGGAACUCGUGGUGCGUCGGCAUCUCCUAGACUAAACACGAAAGGUAAUGCGACUACUAGUUCGGUGAGCCGCGGAAGUUCAUCCUCGGUAAACCGGAUUAGUUCAGAAAGUAACCUUGGCAGUUCCACUCAGUAUACUGGACGGAAGCGCGGAGCCGGUCUUUCGUCAGAAACCUCCAGAUCUAACGCAUCCGUCAAGAACACGGUUCCUGCCAACGGAACGGUGGCGAUUACGAAAACCGGUGCCCUCAAGCGCACAGCUGGAGCAAACACCACAACCUCGAUGACAGGCCGCUCGAGGCGAACGAAAACUAGGAAAACAUCAAUGGUUGCAAGUUCCAAAACUGUCGGUUCUUUUGUUCAUCCCAGGGUUCUACCAGAAUUCAUGCAGCCUCCGAGGCUUGCCUCUGAAACCCUCUCUGUGAAACGCACUUCUCAAACUCAAGCACUCAAAGCAAACCUGCAGCACACUUUGGAUGGGGAUGCGUGGAAAAUGCAUCUAUCUUCGUCUAAUUCUGGUCCAAUCGCCAGCUGUACGCGGUCUGCUCUGGCCGCUGCGGCAGCUGUGCGUUCCAGUGCUCAUUUGCGCAGUGAUAUCACUGCGGAAAAUUUCGUUGCGGACGAAGAUCGGCGCAGGCGACUCGAAGGCCGUGUCGCCUCGCUGAUGGCUCACGAGAAGGACGAUCAUCCGAGUACGGUGGUACUAUGUCGUGCGGACGACACAUUCGUUUUGGAACAAGAUAUGUGUGUCGCCUGUGGGUCGUUUGGCUUGGAUACUGUCUUACUAGCUUGUGCUCAGUGUGGUCAAUGUUACCACCCGUUUUGCGCAGACGUCCCGAAAAUAACGCGCACUAUGCUCGAGAAAGGGUGGCGUUGUUUGGACUGUACAGUUUGUGAAGGAUGUGGUGGGACCACAAAUGAAAGCUUGUUAUUGCUAUGCGAUGACUGUGACAUCAGCUAUCAUACGUACUGUUUGGACCCACCACUCCAAGAGGUGCCGAAGGGUGGUUGGAAAUGUUCGGAGUGUGUGGUUUGCACCAGCUGCGGUCAGCGCGACCCCGGAUUGAACGGGAAGUGGCAUGCCAACUACUCUAUGUGUGCACCAUGUGCCUCCUUGGCCACCUGUCCUGUUUGUACACUGGCCUAUCGCGAAGGUGAACUGUUGAUUCGAUGCGCUCUGUGUUCGCGGUGGUCGCAUGCCGGUUGUGACCAGCUACGUACAGAAGACGAAUUGGAACUGGCCACAGAUAUGGGCUAUAAUUGUCUGUUAUGUCGGGAGGCGGGAGCAGAGAUGGGUGCGGGCCAUCUUCAGGUGUUGGCAUAUCGACAAGCUGGCAACAGCAAUAUGCACGCGCUGGAAAAUGUGAAAUUUGGGGAGGGAACAGAAAACCUUUUCUCUGAUAAACUGCCGAAGAAACCAUCCAUAGCUGGGCAGCGUCGCUUGUCUAGUCAGGGCACUCCAACUCCAUUGGUUUUGGAUUCGGGUCGCUCGAAUGACACUCCUCUUUCGGAGCUGACACCUGUGGGAUCUCAUGGCCAGGGUGACGAAGAAGGUUCACUUCAAUCUGCGUUAGAUGCGGAGGCAGAAUCGGUCAGUUACCCGGAUUGGAAAUCGCCCAGCAUGCUAUCUGAAGAAGAUACCGGUUCGGUUACUACACCUGUCACAGCUGGGACCUCAACAAGCACCCAGGAAUCUCUCCGCUGUCCGCCCGGGUCUUCAAAGAGCGUUGCUGCCGCUGGUGGAGGCAAAUUGUCCGGAGCGAUUGGAGCCAAGAGCCGUCGCCUCAGUAACUUGGGUAUCGGUGGUUUCCGAGCCAAACCAGUCCGUAUUAAUCAGGUCAGCGGGGUUAACACCAAGAAACAACAACUCGCUGCUGCCUCAGAUCCAUUUUGUCAAUCUUCCACCUAUGGAACUUUGACAACAUUGACGAACGACUCCAGUGGUUUGGGCGGAAAGCGCAAGAAAGGUGGCAAGAAGAAAUUAGAGUUGGAGGAGAACUAUCCGGACUACCUGAUGGAAGCGUUUUAUGGUGCUAGCCUACUGGCGGCAAACAGAAGGCCGAUGAAGAAGAAGAAACCUUCCAGUUCAUACGGAGUAUCGUCUCAACAAUUUUCGCGACAAUCUGGAUCUGGUGUGUUGGCAGCCCGUAGUGGGUCGGCACUUAAGGCACGUACUGGUUUCAAUGAACAGCAAAAACGCACUUCAACAGACCACCGGUCUGCUGAAAGUAAUGGUCUUUCCGAAGUUUUCGACAGUAUUGAAGGUGCAAGUGCUGGUGAUGAGUUGGCUGCGGACGAAGAAUGUGCUUUGGAUGAUAUCACAGACGAUCUUGAGCUAGACGAUGAACUUGAUAAUGAUCUAGGUGGUUUGGACGAGCUGCGUGAUUUUGAAGACGAUUUUGAUGCGGAGCCACUCGAAUGUGAAGCAGACGAAGAUAUCUCAACGACGUUGAGCAUGGUGGAUGGACUGGAGUUUCAUUCUUCAUCAGAAAUUAAAUUCAGUGGUAAUCUUUUGGCCAACCAAAGUUCCAUUCUAUGCUCUGAAACAGAAUCACAAAACCCACGUCUGCUCCGAGCAGUUUCGAUUUCGGAAGCGUCCACAGAACCCUUCAUUCUUGCAUCCGAGGCAUCUGCCCGGAGCCUGGUUGGUCGACCUCAGGGUUCUUAUCCAUCUUCUGGCCCACCGACACAGACUGAAGUUCUCAGAUCUACCUCAAUGGAGCGCAUGUUGCCAACUGGUUCGGCCAGCCGUACCGGUGUACCGCAGUCGAAAACCGAUGCACCAACUCGAUUAAUUCUAGAGCCAACGGAAAGGACGCCUGCACACAUAAUGCAAUCACCUGGUCAAGAAGGUUCGGUCCCCGUGCCCCAAGCCUCUGUGGUAACGGACCAUAGCCGACAAGACAGACCACCAUCGGGUUUGGACGAGGUGUUUAUGAACAUGCAAGACUACUUCAUGAACAUCGAUGACCUACCAGAUGCGGAGGAUGCUGAACCAAACGAAACUACUAUUCAACAGACUCUAGCUACUGGGGCCGCACCUUCACCUGCUCAGGGGGUAGCCUCGUCCACAUUGCAACAGUUGCGAAACCAGACAAAGCAUUCACUUGUCCUAGCCACUUCAGCACAUGCUGCUCAGCCCAUACAGAAUCCACAAAACAUGCCCAAACAACAAGCUCUCCAGGUUGUUCGAGGUGGUGAGUCAGAGGCGAUUCCAGUUCAACCCAUUGAGUCGGUUUCUCAGCAUCCUGCUUCUCUACACUGUGAGCAGCAGUCGGUGAAACAGUUUCCGCUUCAACAAGAGAAUGUCAUAUACGACCAACAGCGACUGCGUUGUUCUCAAGAGAUGGCUCAUCUGCAACCCACCGAACAUCGGAUUCAGGUGCAUGGUCCUGGAAUGCCUGCCACCUCUUCUCGAGUUUCUGAAUUGCUGGACCGACCGAAUCUCUUGUCGCAAGCUCAAAGGCAACAACAAGAAGCUAGACAAUUUUUAAAUAUGCGGGCCCAAGAACAACAGUUUGCUCGUGUGGGAACCGCGCCUGUGAGUUCCGUCGCUUCCGGUAGAUUGGCUGAAUUGAUUGAACCAUCUCAUACAAGCGACCAAGCUACACCCGGAGCGCAGUUGAUUCCAUCAAACUGUGAGCUUGAUACCUGUUCACCACUUUCUUCUCGAGUAGCUACACCCGGAGCGCAGUUGAUUCCAUCAAACUGUGAGCUUGAUACCUGUUCACCACUUUCUUCUCGAGUAGGUGGGCAGACCAAUUCUUCAGGAAGAGGGAGCACAUCUACCGCGGGACAUUUACCCGAGCUCUCCGUCAGUGACAUUGAGACACAACUCGGUCCAACUGUUGGAUUUGAGUUGAACGAUGUCUUUAAGGGGCUAAAUACUAGCGAGACGAGCAGCGGGAUUCUCACCGAUUCUGGUGCAAGAGAUGUAGCUCAGGUACCGGCAUUCCUUGGUGAAGAAGUUGCCACUCCACCCGAGAUGUUAGGACAACGUAUACAACAGCAGCAACAGGCGCAGCAGCAUCGUUUCUCCACAUCUCAACCGACUGUACACCUGGUACAAGCCAGCCCAGAACAAAUUCUGCGUUCCUCACAGGGACAGCAUUUAGCCGAACAAUCACGCGAGAUUCCCCAACAUAUCCAAUCGGGCUUGCCUAUCGCGACUCUUCAGCGGUCUUCCCCCAUGACGAAUGUCCAGCAGCAGCAACAACAACCACGUGUUUCGAUACAACAACCGCAGUUUGAAGCUCAAAGUCCACGUCUACAGCUUCGCUGCCAGCAACCGUCUUACGUAUACGCUCAUGUGGUUCCAUCACAAGGUGGUCGCAUGAUUCGCAAACUCACACGUCUACAGCUUCGCUGCCAGCAACCGUCUUACGUAUACGCUCAUGUGGUUCCAUCACAAGGUGGUCGCAUGAUUCCGCAAACUCAAAAGCAGCAGCAGCAACAACAACAGCAACAGCGGUUGGUCAACUCACCUGGCCUUACUAGUUCUCAUCCAUCCGGUAACCAAUCUCAUGUUCAAAUGCUGGUUAGUGGCCACGCAUCCGCCACUCAUUUUAUUGCACACCCUGUCCAAGCAAGGUCCCCACAUGAGCGCACACCACCUCCACCGCCACCACCCUAUCCGACGCAAGCUUUGAGACAGACACAUAUGUGGCAGCAUCCUGCUGCACAACCGCGAAUCCUCACCCCCACCGGCCAAGGCACAAUAAUGCUCACAACUUCUGGACAAGCUAUAGCAACUCAUGGCUCCAACUCUGCUCAGCUUAUCAUGUCACCUCCUGCUACACCGAUUUCCAUACAAACACAACACGUGUUACCUCCCACUGGUCCACCAACGGGCCAGAUGGAUUCCGGGCAGAGAGUAUGUAUCCAGCAGACUGGCGUUCAACGUGUCCCCACUCAUGUGGUCAUGCAUGGGCAACAGGUGGUACAACAACAACAGCAGCAACAGCAACACUUGCACGCGUAUCCGUCUGAGCACGUGGGGAUUCACGGCACAAGACAAGUUUCGUUCGUCACGAGUCACCGACCGGGCUCCGUUCAGCCAUCACAGCCCUCUGCUGGUGUUCUUCGGUUCGCUACAAUUACGGAAGAAGCAGUACCUCGUCCACCUACUGAAUCUCAUCUUCUCUCAAUGUUAAAUCCAAGUCAGCCCAUAAUACCGGCUUCUCCGGCAAAUCAACAACAACCUACUAUUACUGGCCCCGCAACUGGGGGUGUGGUAACUGGGCCUCCUCCAACUUCUUCAGGACGUCGAAUAAACUACCAUAAAUGGGAAGAAGACGAACGCCUAGGCAACCAGUCUACCAUUGCUCCGGUGUUACACGCAAACGUAUCGCACCCAACCCUCCGAGGACAAGUUCCUGAGUUCACUGCUCGGGCCAAAGAAAUUACGAAAUUGUGGCGCCGCUUGUCAAGUGAGGAGCGCGGAUCAUGGGUGUCACAAGCUCGGAAUAAUCGGACCAAUCUAAGGGGUAGCCAUAAUCAACAUGUUUCUUCCAACGCCCCUGGAUCUUCGCCGUCAACCAGCACACCAUCCACUCCGUCUGAUACGCUUAUGAGACCUCAGUCUAGCACGUCCACACCAGCGGUGUUUUCACAGGACCUGGCUGACGCACCAAUGACACCACAACGCAUCCUUCCAGUCCAGGCCACGAAUAUCAGCCCCCGUAUUUUUGCUGAGGAUAACACGCGACCCCAAUCUGUACGACCUGGUGUUGAGUCUGUCCAGUCGUUACUAUCUCAAGAGCUCCAAAUCAGCCCGGAUACGUCCAGCCGAGUUCGAGCGAGUUCUUCUGAUUCUUUGGCUACGAGUACUCAGCUUCCUACGGUCGAGGUGGGGGAUAACCAUGGGGCCUCUGACCCGCUUGCUGGUGAACCUUCCUAUGGUGGCGUGCACCAAACCUCUCCGUUUGGGUAUUCUCAAAAUCGGCUGAAUAUCCGAGCUGCGAUGUUUCUCAUUGCGACUCCAGGUCGUCGCUCUUCAGGACUUCAUUUUUACUACGAGAGUUUCCCGUUUGAGAAACUUUAUGUGACUUCAUCUCUUUCCACUUUGCUGCAGAGACUAGAAGAGUGCCAUCCUUCCGACAUGAUUCCCGGAUCCACUGGUUCAUGGCGUUCCGCAGCAAAUACUCCUUGUGGUGGCGAUCAAAUCAGUCAGACAAUUCCUCAUGACUCGCAACAAGCAGUAGGUGGCCCGCACCCUCGAGUCUCUCCUUCACCUGGAAGAGUUACACCCAGUGCUCACCUUUUCGCCCAAUCGCCUCAUGCAUCCAUGUCGGCAUCCACCGGCUCCCCGAUCAUUUCACAAGCCGCACCUACUAGUUCCAGUAUGUAUGCAACUCCUCCUGGUCUACAACAGCAGCCAACACCAAUGAAGGUGCAGCAGCCGCCUCUUUCCGGACCCCCUUCACCCUCGUUCAUGAAGCGACAUUCCUCUGUCCCAUCUAUCUCGGGCAACAGUCCCGCGUCUGCUCCGCCUUUACGCAACACCGAUUCAGUGUCUCCAAGUUUCCUUCCUCAGCACCAGCAUGGAGGGAUAGCCGGUGUUGGCUCCGUCUCACCGAUUAGUGCCAACCUCACUUCCCCCGGGAAUUCUCGACCGCCAUCUAGACACCAACCCGUUCAGCCAGCAUCUUCUGCUCUUCCUCCACCACCUCCCAUAUGGCCACCGUCAACUGGGACUGCGGCCUGUCAAUCUAGCCAAAGUGUCCCCAUCUCGCCCACUGCGUUAAAAGAACAAACACCACCCCAACCUAUGUCCAAUUCUGCUUCACCAAGUCCCAUGCGUUCUCCGAUUGGGAGUCAGCCGGUAACAAACGUUGGUUUUCAAGCGAUGCAUCCGUAUCCACAACAGGGUACUCUCAUAAGCCCGUCACAAUCUCCAGCUCCUUCUCCAUCCGCGGUUCAUCCAGGUUCCAUGAUGGCCCACCGAGCCUGUCACUCGAGUGCGACGUCCUCGGCACUUUCUUCGCCACAUCACUCAAUUCCUCAGUAUCCUACUCUCAGCGUUAGUACCCCUACACUUCCCCAGAUGCCUACGUCAGCGGAAGUCCAACUGCCACGGACACCACAAGCUAACAUCUACCUUGGUUCACAGAGCACACCGAUGGCUACUCCACCUGCUGCAUCACAGGCCCUUUCGGCCCCGGGUACUCCUGUUCCGCGGUCUUCUCCGGGGCAUUUGACUUCACAUCAGCACCAACCACAGCAGCAACCGCUUGUCGGAUCCACUACCAGUAAUGUCUUCGUUGUAGGUGGUGGCGCUGUUCAGCCGUUUUAUCAGAAUACUGGUCCAUCUGAAUCGGAUGUAAAUCAAACCAAUUUUCCUGGAGAUACAUCCCUGGACGGCAGUCUUCGACAAAGUCAAGUUCCCGCGCCCCUCUCAAAAACAAUGGAUGAUUCACGUUCCAUCACUGCCCAUCCUUCUGCUUCUUUCCAUUCCCACAUUUCAAUGCAACAACAACAACAACAACAACAACAGCACCUCUCGCAUCAUCCCCAACAACCGGGUUACUCGAACGCCGACAUAGAACAUCAGCGACUGAGGGAAAUACUAGCCCAGCGGGCGAGACGACAAAUUCGCCAGCAGCAGAUGCUGCAACAACAGCAGCAACAGCGCCAACAACAACAAUUUCAAGAACAGGCCCACGAACAAGUGGCCAUGCGUCAUGGCCAGGUAGCUGGUCCAGGGCAACAUGGACAACCCGUCAUGGCCAUACCAUACUCCUCCAUGGAGCAACCGACGACAGUAUAUGUGCAACAGCAUCCGCAACAUGUGGCUGAACCGAACAACCCUACUUAUGUCAACUAUCCAAAUCAGCCAACAGCUUGGCAAUAUCAAACGACUUCCGUGCCGAAUCGUCAACAGCCCACUCGGCAGACUUACUAUGCGCAACAAGGUCCUCCUCCCCCAAACAAUCCACAACAACACCAGCAGCAGUCACCAAUGUUGUACCAACAAUUUGUUGGUCGACCGUCCUCUCUGUCGCCAGCCAUUUCCAGAUCACCCACUACCCCUCUGGCCCAAUCAGCCCAGCUGAUUUCUCCAUCGAUUCAACAAGGGCCGGGGCAGUUUUACGCGCCCACUAGCUCGCCAGCCGCUCAUGAGUACGGUCCUACGUCGAUGAAGGUAGCGCACAACAGCACACCAGAAUUCCAACAACACAUGAGUUCGUACGGUCCUAGCAGCUCAGCAGCCCCAACCUAUUCGUUUACUGCGGUCCCGAUUCAUCGAAAUGAAGCGAUGUUUGCGGGGACAAGCUCCACAUCUUCUGAGACGGUUAUCGGGUCCUCUCCGAUGAUGUCCAGUGCGCCACAACAAGUUUCCGUCUCACCGCGUGGCAACCUUGGACCUGGCAUGGAAGAGGUCGGAUUUGAACCUCCCGUUAUUCUGAGUCGCGUUGUUUCGGUAAAAGAAAAGCGCUACCCGCCAUCUGCCUUGGCAGCACCUCCUACCGGACAAAUGCUCCCUGGUCGAUCGUUGCCAAGCCAACCCCAAACACCACAGCCCCACCAGGUGCAACAACAUCAACAACAUGCACAGUAUCAAUCUCUGUCAACUGCUGUUCCUCCGGCCGAAAUAAGAAUGCAGCCUACUGCCGGGGUACAGAAUAUGUCAGACUCCACCCAGUACUUCGGCAGCUAUGAACCCGAUGAGUUAACAGUACGAGUCACAUCAUUCGGCGGAGGUGGGCAGACAGUAUUAUCCUAUGCAGAACGGUCGCCGAACGUUCGACCACCGUCGGGCAUGACCAACUUAGCCGAAUUUUCUUCGCCGAUGUCUUCCUAUACCCAACCAGGUGGCAGCGGCAGUCUUCAACCACCAAUCUCCAGUCAAUCUGGCACUGAGCCAGCUUUCGGUGGUACCUACGCCGCUUUUUUGGAUCCACGUCCCCCAAACACUUGAUUGUGAUGUGCGUAUCGAAUCCUAAAUACACCAUGCACUGUUCACUUUAACCUCUCUCUUGCUCUAUUACCGCCGCCAUUCUAUUUGACUUAUGCAUUUCCCCUCGUGUAUAUUUUUGUAUUACAUCAUUUCCUAUGCAGAACGGUCGCCGAACGUUCGACCACCGUCGGGCAUGACCAACUUAGCCGAAUUUUCUUCGCCGAUGUCUUCCUAUACCCAACCAGGUGGCAGCGGCAGUCUUCAACCACCAAUCUCCAGUCAAUCUGGCACUGAGCCAGCUUUCGGUGGUACCUACGCCGCUUUUUUGGAUCCACGUCCCCCAAACACUUGAUUGUGAUGUGCGUAUCGAAUCCUAACUACACCAUGCACUGUUCACUUUAACCUCUCUCUUGCUCUAUUACCGCCGCCAUUCUAUUUGACUUAUGCAUUUCCCCUCGUGUAUAUUUUUGUACUUACAUCAUUUUUGUUAACCUUUGGGGUUGACCUAGCGUUUGUACAGCUUCAUAUUGGCUCUUCAAGGUGCCUAGGAAGCCGCAUGGUCCGACAAUGCUUUCUCCUCUUCAUCUGCUCCGAUCCCUCUUGACCUUGUUCAAUCCAUGCUUCUGAUAUGUUCUGCUGAUCACAGAGGGUGGUCUGCACUGUUCACUGUUGACUCCACAGUGUUUUUCACAACCUCAUGCAUCCCUUCUCCCCUGUUUGUAAGUGUUUCUUUAUCCUCACGUGAUCCUAAUUUUGGGUUCCUGUGGUUCCCAUCUCCGUUCUGCCUUCUCGCAAACAUGUUAGUAUAUACUUUACAAAUGCUGGUAACUCGCCGUGCCUGUUCCUUUGCAUAAAACUGUAUAAUCAGUGU